ACUAAAACAAUUGCAGCCGCCGAGCCACUGCCAGCCAAAGCCAUAAGCCGUGCACGAAUCUUCCAGCAGCUAAUCCCCGAGAUGAGAGCUCUGAGUUCAAGUGUCAGGCUCAGAAGUAAACUUACUCUACAAUACAAGUCAGUGUUUUUCAUGCGAACAUCUGGAAGGGAUAGUCUUGUUAUG